AUGACCCCAGGAGUGCCAGACGAUGCGACGGCCCAGACGCUCAACUAUGCGCUGGGCAACCUUGGGGGCCGACAGAAGAGCUGGAUGACGCCGCUGCCCUCCAGCGCGCCUGCCCAGCCGCCCAUCGUUCCUGCCGAACUCACACAAAACCCACUACCCUUCACCGUGCGCGGUCGCGGAAGGCCUCGCAAGCAGCCCAGGUUUACUGUUCCCUCCUCCACACACGCACCCGCAGAGAACCUGAUCACGCGCCCAACCGUCGAGACCGAGCCGCAGCCACUAUCGAACUCGACCUCUCCCCAGCUCCCAAAUGUCGUCGCCCACCAGAACAGCGCCAACCACGGGCAUUCAGCAGCCCGCGUGCUUCCGUCGCCCACGCCAAGCGAGGAGACAUCGCGCUGUCCGCCCCCAGCACCGCACGAGACUGCUCCUGCAAAAAGAGUCAACGAAGGAUAUGCGCAACAAAUGGACAAGCGGAGGCGCAGUGAGGCUUAUGCAGGGCCGGUAGCAAACCCGACGAAUCCUCCGCCGGACCUUCCGCGUCGACCGUCCGGCCACUACUCACAGAUCGGCAGUCCUAUGCUGGGUCAGAUGGGUCAGACCGUUAAUCGCAGCCCGUCGCUCGGCAUGAUGGCAUCGCCACAACUGCCCCAGGGCAUGCAAUUCCAAGAUCCGCGCCUCAGUAGAACACCUCCUCAGCCAUACUCGCCCUAUGGGCUGCCACAAGCAGUCUCGCAAGACCCAGUAUCCCGGCCUGUAUCUCGCUCCGUACAGCCUGAUAACACGCUUACAACCCCCUUGGCCCCUGAUUUCAUGAGCCAGGGCUGGUAUACAAAGAAAGACUGUCUGCAGAUCUUAGGGCAAUUUCAGGCAUCAGCACCCCCAAUAUCGCCUGCCUCUCAGGACAGGAAACGCUUUCUUGUGCUGCAGAACGCUGUUGAGCUGUCAGACUGGCCCUAUCUUACUAUGCAUCAAUGUUACUGUCUGAUGACCCACGCCCCUCACAUGCUACCGGCGGGGUUGAAGUCGUUGCCAGGUUUACAACAAGCGCAGAGGAUAUUGCACGAUGUUCUUGAUGCGAACCAUAUACUGUCGCCUAGUUAUCUUCACUUCUUCUCCCAUUUCCCAUACCCGAUGCAGCAAAUUGCAGCCAUGUGGCCGGCCACAUGGGAGUACCAAGCACAGCUUUUCAGACAGUUUGUUGACCAAUCGCCCAACUACAACCAACUGAAGGCGAUAUGCGAGCACCGUCGAUUCCCGCCCCUCGUCCGAGAACUUGUUGUCGAACUCCGCGUUCAUUCUCUCACUUUCCAGCGUCUGCUCUUCACCGCUUUUCUGCGGUGUAUUUGCCGCGCGGUGGUCUCGAAUCCUAAUGUCAAACCCUUGCUUGCAAAGUUCGAGAACGACAUACUUGGUGUCUUCGAACAGAAUCAAAACUACCACUACUCACGACAUGCUUCCUCAGCUACGGAGACGCCUGAGCAGAGCCAACAAUUAAAACACGACGAGGAACGAAUUUGGGGCUCUAACCUGAGAGCGCUAGUCGAGGCAUUCGAGGCUAACCUUCGCAAGAACGGCGCUUCAUUGGCUGAUCAUACGCCCCUCCAUCGCAACCGCAGCAAGUACAAGCCCAGCCCCAACCACAACGAGUACAAACCAGCUCGCCCGCUGUUCCGCCUUUCAACCAUCCCCAACAAAUGCCACCGCGCACGACCAGAUCGGUUGACCAGGGUUCGGCACAAGCUGCUAUACAGCAGUCGCGUGGGCCUGGUCGUCCUCCCACACGCCCUGCCCAAUCUACAGGGGUGGCGCCGCCUCCACGUGGGGGGCCCUUGCUUCCUGCUGCUGGCUGGCAACAACCACAACAGCGUGUACCCAAUCCAGCACGCUUUGGACUACACCAAGCUCAUCUCAGAAGUCCAGUUCUUCGUGCGCAAUCCCAAUCCUCGCCGCUGCCGUGCCAUUGAGAAAUGGACAAUCACCUUGACACCGUAUGAUAUGCAGAGGAUUGGAAAGACUAUUCCAGAUCAAACGGGUGGACCUGGUACUGUGAACAUCAACGAGACCACGAAAUUUGCUCGUUUACGUUGUGUCAAAUGGCCGGAGCCAGAGUGGACAGAGGAACGCUGGGCUGUCGCCGAUACGUCUUGGAUACCUCACUCGUAUUACACGCUCAACGACACUCCUCUCGAACCGCGGAAGAAGAUCCACUAUGGAAAAGACAUGCCCAUCGACCUCACGGGCCUGCUGAAAGAAGGCGAGAACGUUUUGGAGAUUGCAGUAAUGGCUCGGUCUGGCGAGAAAUCUCAUCUCAAUUACAUGCUCGCCAUCGAGGCCAUGGUCGUCUCAUCCCACGCGUCCAUCGUAAAACACUGUCUAAACCAGAGUCGCGUCCCCGCAGACAAGGUCCUCCAAGGCAUCAAAAACAAACUCUCCGCCGUCGACGACGACGAGAUCAGCGUCGUCGAAAGCACUCUCACCAUCGGCCUCUUUGACCCCUUCAGCCAAGCCAAAAUGUGCGACAUCCCCGUCCGCAGCAAAGCCUGUCCGCACAACGAUUGCUUCGACCUAGAAACGUUCCUCCAAUCCCGGCCACGCAAGGGCGACGCAUCCGUAGCCGAUCAGUGGAAAUGCCCCAUUUGCAAAUCUGACGCGAGGCCACAGAUGCUUUUUGUUGAUGGCUUCAUGGAGGAAGUCAAGAAGCAGCUCGAGGCCCAUGGACGAGCAAAUACGCGCCAUAUCCUGGUUCGCCAGGAUGGGAAGUGGAUACCUAAAGCUGAAGUCAGAGAGGGCGUUUCGAGUGCCACGCCUGAACCUGUUGCUGCGCGUCGGUCGGUUCCGGCUGAGGUUGAGAUUAUCGAUCUUAGUGACUGA